UUCAACGGAAAGGCAUCGGGCUGAAGUUCGGAGGGCGGUAAACGACGAGCGAUUGACGACUAUUGCACAUAACAUGUCCGGGCCAAACAGCUCCUCCGAAUGGUCCAUCGAAGGGAGGCGGCUGGUCCCUCUGAUGCCACGGCUGGUCCCCCAGACGGCUUUUACCGUCACGGCAAACGCCGUUGCCAACGCUGCUCUCCAGCACAAUGCUUCUCUUCCGUCUCCCGCGGAAACGGGGAGCAAAGAAAGUGACGUGGUGGUGUGCUAUUCCUACACGAGUACAACUUCCACUCCCACAUCCACUCCGGUACCGAGCGGCAGCAUCGCCACUGUCAAGUCCCCCAGACCCGCCAGCCCGGCUUCCAACGUGGUCGUCCUGCCGAGCGGAAGCGCCGUUUACGUCAAAAGCGUGAGCUGCUCAGACGACGACGAGAAGCCCCGCAAGAGGCGCCGCACCAACUCCUCGAGCUCGUCCCCCGUCCUCCUGAAGGAGGUGCCGAAGGCCGUCACGCCGGUGACGAAAACCAUCACGGUGCCUGGCAGCCCGAAGAUGAGCAGCAUCAUGCAGAGCAUUGCCAACUCCUUGCCUCCCCACAUGUCGCCGGUGAAGAUCACCUUCACCAAGCCCUCCACGCAGACGACCAACACGACAACCCAGAAGGUGAUCAUCGUCACCACGUCUCCCAGCUCCACCUUCGUGCCCAACAUCCUGUCCAAGUCUCACAACUACGCCGCCGUCACCAAGCUCGUCCCGACCUCCGUCAUCGCCUCCACCACUCAGAAGCAGCCGGUGGUCAUCACCGCCCCCCAGUCCUCCCUGGUCAGCAGCAGCACCGGCGGCUGCUCCGCCCCCUCCUCCGCCCCCAGCACCGUGGCCGUGACCACCGUGGUGUCCUCCACGCCUUCCGUCGUGAUGUCCACCGUAGCGCAGGGCGUGUCCACGUCGGCCAUUAAGGUGGCCUCGGCCAGGCUGCCUUCUCCCAAAAGCUUGGUGGGGACGCCGACCCAGAUCCUCGCGCAGUUUCCCAAGCAGCAGCAGCCGCAACAGGUGCAGCAGCCGCAGCUGACCCAGGCUUCGACAGUCACCCAGACGCCAGCGCCACCGCAGCAGCCGCAGCCACCCCCGCCACCUCCGCAACCGUCUCCUCUGCCCCCCGGCAUCAAGCCCACCAUCCAGAUAAAGCAGGAAUCAGGGGUCAAGAUAAUCACCCAGCAGGUGCAGCCUAGCAAGAUCCUCCCCAAGCCAGUCACGGCCACCUUGCCCAGCAGCAGCAACUCCCCCAUCAUGGUGGUGAGCAGCAACGGGACGAUCAUGACGACCAAGUUGGUCACCGCCCCCACCGGGACUCAAGCGACUUACACCCGUCCGACGGUGAGCCCGUCCCUCGGAACACGUUUGACGGGCACUCCAGGGGCCGCCACGUACGUCAAGACCACCAGCGGCAGCAUCAUCACGGUCGUCCCCAAAUCGCUGGCCACCCUCGGGGGGAAGCUGAUCAGCAGUAAUAUUGUUUCCGGUAACUCCUUGAUGAAGACCUAUUUUCAACAAAAAGGAACAACCACCAAAAUCACCACCAUCCCUGUGACAUCCAAACCGAACGUGAUCGUCGUGCAAAAGACGACCGGCAAGGGCACCACCAUUCAAGGCCUCCCCGGCAAGAACGUCGUCACUACAUUGCUGAAUGCUGGGGGAGAAAAAACCAUUCAGGCGGUGCCAGCCGGGGCGAAGCCAGCGAUCAUCACUGCCACCCGGCCCAUCACCAAAAUGAUCGUCACUCAGCCGAAAGGGAUCGGGUCUGCUGUUCAGCCAGCCACCAAAAUCAUCCCCACCAAAAUCGUGUACGGCCAGCAAGGAAAGACUCAGGUGCUGAUCAAGCCCAAACCGGUGACCUUCCAGGCCACGGUCGUGAGCGAGCAGACAAGGCAGCUGGUCACUGAAACCCUGCAGCAGGCGUCCCGAGUGGUGGAGGCGGGGGCCGCCACGCUGCCGGAAGUGAAGGAAGAGCCCCAGGCGUACACCGACAGCAGCUCCUCCUCCACUGAAUCCUCACAGGGGUCCCAAGGCCGUAAAUUUUCGAGGAACAUACUCACUGCUACCACCAGAGGGCAAGCGUGGCAUUCCCAGCCGGUGGUCCACGUCAUCGCCUCCCGAAGCCAGGACUGGUCUGAGCACGAGAUCGCCGUGGACUCCAGCCCCACCAUCAUCUACCAGGACGUCUCCAGCGAAUCGCAAUCCGCCACUUCGACAAUAAAAGCCCUCCUGGAGCUCCAGCAGACGACAGUGAAGGAGAAGCUGGACUCCAAGCCAAGGCAGCCGACCAUCGAUCUGAGCCAGAUGGCUGUCCCCAUUCAGAUGGCCCAGGAGAAACGCCACUCUCCGGAAAGCCCCUCCAUCGCUGUGGUGGAAUCCGAACUCGUGGCCGAAUACAUCACCACUGACUCAGGAAGACAGCCCUGUAUUCGUUCACAAUCGGAAGAGUACCUCCAAAACCACAUAGUUAGCCACAGGUCCCAGCCCCACCAGCCAUCAUCCCAGCCUCAGCGGACCCUCCUGCAGCAUGUGGCUCAGUCGCAGACAGCCACACAGACGUCCGUCGUGGUGAAAUCCAUCCCGGCAUCCUCCACAGGCGCUAUCACGCACAUCAUGCAGCAGGCCCUGAGCAGCCACACGGCGUUCACGAAGCACAGCGAGCCGCUGGGCACGGAGGAGGGGGAAGUGGAAGAGAUGGACACGCUGGACCCCCAGACGGGGCUCUUCUACCGCUCCGCCCUGGCCCAGACGCCCCAGAAGCUGAGCCAGACCCUGCAGUGCUUCCAGGCCAAGCAGAAGCAGACCAUCCACCUGCAGGCCGAGCCGCUCCCCCACAAGCUCCCCCAGAUGCCCCAGCUCUCCAUCCGCCACCAGAAGCUGGCCCCGCUCCAGCCGCCGCCGGACCCGGGGCAGCCCAAGCCGGAGGCCCCGCCGGCCCCGCACCACUCCAUCAUCCGCGAGAGGCAACUUCCCACCCUGGUGGCCCAGCCCCAGCAGACCGUCGUCCAGGUGCUGGCCGUCAAGACCACCCAGCAGCUGCCCAAGCUGCAGCAGGCGCCCACCGCCCAGAAGAUCUAUGUCCAGCCCCAGCUCCCCCAGAGCCACGUGCAGCUGUCUGCCCCGCCCGAGAAACAGCCGGCCAGCCAGGUGCACCAGCCCAUAAUAUCCCAAGGAUCCUCUGUUACAAAGAUAACUUUUGAAGGGCAUCAGCCACCUACCGUGUCCAAGGUGACCGGAGUCGGUCCGGCACCUAAGCCAAACCCGCCCCUCCCAAGCCUCUUCCCUGCCCAGGUGCCCACGAAGACAGCGGUAGCGGACAUUUUGAAAAUGUCCAUGAUGGAAGCGCAGAUCGACACCAGCGUAGACCGUACGGCAGCGGAUCCCCCCAGCAGCAAGGCUUUGCCCGCCGGCAACCCGACCGGCGAAGCGGACUCGGCCCCCACCUCGGUGCUGAGGGUGGCCACAGUCGGAACUGGCACAGCCGUGGCGACUUCUGUCUUGCAGCCGCCCAAACGCUUGGACUCUGCGUCGAGCCCCCCUGCGGUUGGGCCGCCUUUAUUGGAGAGGAAGCAGGUGGUGGCGGCUCCUCCGGCAGCCAGUCAGUUUAUCCGUAUCCAGAACAUCGCCCCAAAGAAAGCAGAGGAGAUUCCCACUGAGAUCUUAAUUCAGACUAUCCCUCAGUAUUCUGUGGCCUGCCACUCCACCUCCAACGUGGUCGUGGAACCCAGCGGGCUCCUGGAACUCAACAACUUCACCAGCCAGCGCCUGGAUGACGAGGAGACCGUCAUGGAGCAGGACGUCGACAGUGGCAAUGAGGAAGGAGCUGAACCCAGCCCCAUGCCGAGCUCGGAACAGUCCUAGCACCUCCCUGGGGGGGGGCACCGGAGUGCACUUUAUACACGUGGGAAGAAGGCAGCCUCGGCCGUUGAGGUCUCGCGAAGCACUUUGUCCCCGCGGGGUGGGGUGGGGGGUCUCACUCGGAUACUUUGCACACGGGAAGCGUUAACUCGGCAGCGUCAGGCUGGAUCGUGAAACGAGGAGAGGCAGAGUCUGCCGCGCCAAGAUCGACUUUCACGGCAGCCGAAUGUGUUCCUUUUUAAGAGGAGAGAGCGCGACGAGCGGGUUUCGUUUUCUGUUUUAUUCCUUUCGUUGGCGUUGUCCCGGCAUUGUCCAAGAUCAGCUGCUGCGGUCUCUUCGAAGUAAAAUAUCAAUAAAUAACUGGAGAGAUGCUCCGUAAGCAGCGGAAGGAAGCUACAGCACAAAGCCUUUUUUUUUGUUUUGGUUUGGAUUUUUUUUUUUUACACAGCACGCCAGGUCUCCGAAAAACAAUCUUUCGCAGGGCUGGUAGAUCACCUAACGAAAUUGCAACAUCGCGGCUUGGGUUUUUUUGGUUGGUUUUGUUUUGUUUUUAAGUAAGCUGGAGAAAGAAUUGGCCUUGUUUGUUUCUGGGUGGGUUUUUUUUUGAAAAAUAUACUGCUGGCUAAUGGUGAGAAAGGACCAGAACGGGGGAAGGGGGGGGACACACUUGGAGGGGGAGGGUUUUCCCUGUCUGUGACACGCAGUUGAAAAUCUCAACCCGUCCCCGCCUCGCAAGGGUGUUUUAUUUCAUUGCAAAGUAACAGAUUGAGGCCCAGCCAAGAGACCGGAUCCUGUUAAACAGGCCAGUCAGCUUGAGUUAUCCAGAUAAAACGGUUUCACCUUUUAAGCCGCGGAGGACGGAGAAGAUGGUUUCUUGACUUAGCUCGUUCAGAGCCCCAGGGCAUUGAUCCUUCGCAUCUCAAGCUCGGAUAUAGGUUGAGCCGCUGUAUUUUUGCUUUUUUUCGUCGUCGUCGGCUUUUAAAAAAAAAUUAGUUACGUCUGUUCGGGGACUUUAAAAGUUAAAACGGCUGAUCUUUUUAUAGUUUUUUUUUUUUUUAAUUUCGUUUUUCAGGUUUUUCUUCUCUGCCUUAUUUUGACUCGCACAAGCAAUAGAUCGGACGGGGAGGGGGGGGGCGUGUUGCCAGUUGAAGCAAAGGGAUUUAGAAGAAAAAAGGGAAAACGAAGAAGAAAAACAAUCCUCUUGUACAUUUUGGUAAUGAAGAACAGUGCUUUUUUUAAAUAAGGAAAAUUGUAUAUAGGAGCAAGGUUUUUAAACUGUGUUUUUUUUUUCCCUUUUGUAUAGAUUCCAUUAUAAAUAAGCAUUUUAAGGUUUUUUGGGAUGUAUCCUGUAUAUACAUGUUAUCAGCUGAACUGCCUGUUUUUUGGUGCUCAAAUGUUACUUUUAAGUAGACGGUUCUUGGAAGGCUAAUACAGGUUUGUUUGGGGGUUUUUUGGUCAAUAUUUUCUAAACUGUGAUUUUACUAUGGAGGGCGGGGGGACAUAGUUACCAUUAAACUAUUGCUAGAGAAAACACUCCAGAAGGCGAAGUAUGAUACCAAAAAGAGGAAAAGUUUAAAUAAAAGUCUCUUGUUCUUCAAA